AUGACUACCUAUGUAUCUCUCAGUGCUAAUUAUAAUCCAAAGGCCAAGGAGUGCACAAUCGCCCACCCCCGUAUUUCCGGCUCCUCAGACCUCCCCCAAGAAACAUCCACACUUAUCACCAUAGGCCCAGCCACAAUGGAAAAAAUCGACUUAUCCACAAACUCAAAGAAGCUCCAGGCCGCCUAUGACUCCGUCGUGAAGGGCGACGGCCUGGCCACCUACGCCGUCUUUGAAGUCACCAAAAGCGGUGCUGCUGAUGUCUCCGGCACCGGUUCAGGCUCGUUAGACGAGUUUGUUGAGGAGUUCAGCGACGGCCAGGUCCAAUUCGGGUUUGCCCGUGUGACCGUUCCCGGCUCCGACGUUUGCAAGAACAUAUUGUUGGGUUGGUGUCCAGACAAUGCCCCCGCCAAGCUGCGUUUGCUGUUUGCGGCCAACUUUGCAGACGUAGCCCGUGUGUUCUCGGGAUACCACGUGCAAAUUACUGCCAGAGACACAGACGACUUGGAUCCCGAGGAGUUUCUUGCCAGGGUUGGAGCAGCUGCUGGUGCUAGAUACACUUACCACAGCUCAGGGGCUGCUAGCGUAGCUGCCAGCAAGCCUGUCGCUGCCUCAAAGCCUGCUCCUGCUGCUCGCCCAACCACCACCUCGAGCGCUUCUACUUCUUCUCCUUCUUCUACCGGCCCAAAACAAGCUCCUAAGCCCAAGGUGUUUGGCGCUCCAGCCGAUACCUCUGCUGUUGUUCAACCUGCUUUUGGUGCGAAGCCAUCAUUUGGCUCCAAACCACCAAUCGCUUCAAAGCCUGCUUUCAAGGCCGCACCCAAGGCUGCCGCCAGUUCAAAUGACAACGAUGGCUGGGGUGAUGAGAAGGAAGUGGAAGAGCGUGAUCUUACCAAGAAUCCGUUGGAAAACGUUCCUUCGGCCUACAAGCCUACAAAGGUAAACAUCGAGGAAUUGCGCAGCCAGAAAUCUGACACCAUUUCUUCUACUCCAAAGCCUAACGUUUUCAACAAUUCAAAAGACAAAGAGCCUACUAAGGAGACUCCUAAAAAUUUGAAUGACCGCGUCAAGUCCUUCAAUGCCUCUGACGAUGGCCGCCUAUCAUCUUUGCCAAAGCCUAAGGUCAGCAACAACGUUGCUUCUAGAUAUGCUCCUUCUGCUGGAGUGCUGCAGCCCUCAUUUGGCUCCAAACCCGCCUUCGGCUCUUCUCAGCCCAAGAAGGAGAAACCUGAGGGUGUCUUCCAAGUUCAUGGCAAUGAAAAUGGCCUCACUCCCGCUCAGAUUUGGGCACAAAAGAGAGGCAAGUACAAGGUUGAGCCUUCACUGGAUGAAGUCGCUUCCGAGGUUGGCGGUUUGUCCAUUGAUUCUAAGGAGAUCGAGAAAGAUGAGGAGAAGGAAGAUGUUCUGGCCCCUCAACCUGAGCCCAAGGCUCAGGAACCUAUUCUUCCAAAGCGUUCGUUGCCACCUAGAAACAUCGAGCCAAUUCUUCCCAAGAGAGAUCCAAUUCCAGUCCCACAACCAGCAGAGGAAGAAGAGGAAGAAGUAGAUGAAGAAGAGGAAGAGGAAGAAGAAGAAGAGGAAGAGGAAGAGGAAGAGGAGGAUGUUGCCGUUGCCGCUCCUCCUCCAGCUCUUCCAUCCAGAGAGGAACCCAAGGCUAGCAAGAGUUCUGGAGCCAGUGCCGUUGCUCAGUAUGAUUAUGAGAAGGAUGAGGAUAAUGAGGUGGAAUUUGUCGAGGGCGACCUCAUCGUCGAGAUCGAUUUCGUUGAUGAAGAAUGGUGGUCUGGCAAGAACGCUAGAACAGGUGAGGUUGGAGUCUUCCCUGCCGCAUAUGUGACUCUUGAUGAUGAACAAGAAAGUGAGCAAGUUUCGGCUCCGGCUCCGGCUCAAUCGAAGGCUGUUGAGCCUUCGAAGGAAAAAAGCCAAAGUGCAAUUGCAGAGUAUGACUACGAGAAGGAGGAAGACAAUGAAAUCAGCUUCAAGGAGGGAGACUUGAUUGUUGAUAUCGAAUUCAUCGAUCUGGACUGGUGGUCUGGUAAAAACGCUGCAACUGGCGAAAUUGGUGUCUUCCCUGGAAAUUACGUAAAAUUGCAUUAA